UUUUGUUCUCUUCGCUGGAUCGUUUAUGAGAACUAAGUGCUAUAUAUCCAACAGUCUUGAACGCACCUCCUCCCAACCCGGAUGUUUUGCUUCAUGUACUGUCGGCGAGGCUAUUUACAAUCAGGCAGAAGCACACCAGACCAUAAACUGUAAAUGUAUGUCUUCAAAGUAUAACAAAUAAAAGAUAAUUAGCAUGAGCUAAUCAUCUAAGUGACGAGAGUGUUAGCUAUAUUUAGAAAAUUCAUUUUCUCAUUUGAGCUAAUUUGAAAUUCAACUUGAAUGGAGUUGGAGAAGACUGCAGCCAGUAAACAACCAUCGACAGUCUUCAUUCUUGACUUUUCUGAUCAAAUCAGUGAGUUCAGUUUCACGUAGCAGGAUGCUUCGAGAGUCGUAUCCCUUCGUGGAGGACAGCUUCAGCCGCUUCCCGUCGCAGAGCAACAUCUACGGGCUGUGUCAGGCCGGGGAGCAGGAGCUGUUAGCGGCUACUCUCAAAGGGAAGGUGGUGUGUUUCAGAUACCAGGAGCUGCAGCACAAAAUCAGACCUGUGGCCAAGGAGGUUCAGUUCACCUACAUCCCAGUCGAUGCAGAGAUUGUGUCAAUCGAUGCUUUUAACAAGUCUCCACCCAAAAGAGGCCUGGUGGUGGGCAUCACAUUCGUAAAGGACUCUGGUGACAAAGCCACUCCGUUCCUGAACAUCUACUGUGACUACGAGCCUGGCUCAGAGUUCAAUCUGGAGUCCAUUGCACAGAGUUGUCUGAAUCUGGAGUUGCAGUUCACGCCCUUCCAUCUCUACCACACGGAAGUGCAGAGCGACGAUGGAGGCAGGGAGACGGUGUUUCUGCUGAGCGGUCAUGAUCAGAGGAUCCACCUGUACAAGGAGAACGCCUCCCUCCACCAGUUUGAAGAGCAGCCGGUGGAGAGACUCUUCCCUGAACUACAACAACUGCCCAGCAAUGUGCUAUGGUUGGACAUGUUGAGUAUAGAUGGUGGCCAGCGACUCUCUGCGUUUGGCUGUCAGAACGGCUGUGUUGGACUGGCUCAGGUCAACCAGACAGAACCAGAGGUGUUGCAGAGUUGGAUGUUCCAGUUCGACAGUCCAAUCUCUUCUGUGCUGCUGUUCCCUCUGAGCUACCAAACUGAGAGUGGAGAGAACGGUGUGGAAAUGGUAGGCUACAACCUUCUGGUCACCAGUUCUAUAGAGAUGGCAGUUGUCUACAGAGAUGUCCAGGAGCGAGGCUUGUCUCACUCAGUGUGCCUCUCAGAGAGCGACCAGUGGGAUGCAGUACUUUGUGCUCUGGUCAUUGACCUGGAUUUUGACGGGCAGAAGGAGGUGCUGUUGGGAACAUAUGGGCAGGAACUUCUCUGUUACAAAUUCCAGCCGGCAGGGAGAGGACGAGAUGGACAGUUUAAGCUGCAGUGGAGGCGGAGCUUCAAGAGUCCUUUGCUGUCCAUCAUCUAUUUAGACUUGACCGGCGACGGUUUGAGAGAGCUGGCUGUCCUCACACUAAAGGGACUGCAUAUCUUACAGCAUACUCUCCCCAGGACUGCUGAUUUGGUCCUUGAGCGGCUCUCCCUGAAGGUGUCAGCACUCACAGCUGGCUCUGAGCUGGACUCAGCCAAAGAGCAAGACACUGAAGAGAAAGAUGCUCCAGCUCGGAAAGGGGGGUGUACAGCUCAGACACCAACUUAGGAAAAACGGAGCAUUUUGUUUCCAUGUGUAAGUCCUGAAGGUACAGACUGAAAUUAUUAACAGGUGGAACGUGAAGGAUGUUCUCAGGGAUGUGCAUUCCUGAACAGUUAUUUUUAGUUGUGAUGACAGGCACUAGUGUACAGUCAUUUGCAGAUAAUAAAUCACAUUUGGGUCUUUAAACUCUC